UGUAGGGCAACACUUAUCAGACGAAUGCGCGGGUUUCGUAUAUGUUGUGUUAUUUUAUGGAUUGGUCCUACGAAAUACGCUAAUCAUGAGUGAAAUUGAGGAAGAUGUGUCAGUGCCAACUCCCACAAGUUCAGCUUCGGGUCAAAUCAAAGCCAUUGCCAAGGACACUGUGCACAAGAUCUGCUCGGGACAGGUGGUGCUCAGUUUGGCAGUCGCUAUUAAGGAGCUGGUGGAAAAUUCCAUAGACGCGGGAGCCACACUUAUCGAGGUAAAGCUCAGGGAUCAGGGACUGCAAGGUGUCGAGGUCUGUGACAACGGCAGCGGUGUCGAGGAGGCAAAUCUGGAGGGGAUGACGGCCAAAUAUCACACAUCCAAAAUACGCGAAUUUGUCGAUCUGCUGGGCGUGGAGACAUUUGGAUUUCGUGGCGAAGCGCUCAGCUCGCUCUGUGCCCUCUCCGACAUGACCAUCCAGACGCGUCACAAGUCCACAGAUGUCGCUUUGAAAAUCGAGCUGGAUCAUGAGGGUAAAAUCAAGAAACGUUCGCCAUGCGCUCGCGGCGUGGGAACUACCGUAACGCUAAGUAAUCUGUUUGCCACGCUACCCGUGAGACGACGCGACUUCACGCGUAAUAUCAAAAAGGAAUUCACAAAGAUGUGCCAGAUAUUGCAGGCCUAUUGUCUGGUUACCACAAGCGUGCGUAUUAUCUGCAGCAAUCACACGCCGAAGGGCGUCAAAUCGGUGGUGUUGCAGACGCACGGUGCUGCGGAUGUGCUGGCCAACAUAUCGGCGGUGUUUGGGGCAAGACAAGUGGCCGAUUUGGUGCCACUUAAGUCACCGUUUGAGGCUGGUGAACUCAGUGAGGAGUGUUUACGGGCAGAGCUGCAGUCCACAAGCGAUGUGGCUGAAACCACAUGCACACAGUUCAGCUCCGAGGAUGUGCAGCGACUGAAUCAAGCUGACUUUCAGCUGGAGGGCUACAUAUCGAGCUGUCGUCACGGCGCAGGCAGAUCCGCCAGAGAUCGUCAGUUCUUCUUUGUCAAUGCACGUCCCUGUGAACCAAAAAGUAUCGCCAAGAUAAUGAACGAUGUCUACCAUCGAUAUAAUGUGCAGCAGCAGCCAUUUAUUUAUCUCAACAUUGUGACGGCACGCGACGAGGUGGAUGUGAAUCUGACGCCUGAUAAGCGUCAACUACUGCUAAACAAUGAGAAGAUCUUGCUGUUGGCUCUGAAGAAGUCACUGCUGGACACUUUCGGCAACCUGCCCUCCACAUUUCAAAUGCAAAACAUUUCCAUAGCCAGCAUGUUGGAGCUCAAGCCCAAGAGCGAAGAAACUAAUGGAAACGAAGGUGCUGAGCUGGAAACUGAGGCUGAUGUGCCCAUUAGCUCGUCGCAGCGUUUCAUGGAUGUGUUGACGCAGUGGCGGCGUACAGGCGACACAAAAGGCGUGGCACCGCCUACGACUGCCAAGCGACGUUGUGACGAAACUGAAGAGAUCAACGCACGUGCCCUGAAGCUGCAAAAGAUACAGGAUUUUCUAACACAAGAGCCUCCCAAAGAAUGCAGCUCCAAACGCGACUGGGAAACGGAAGAAGACGCAGCGACUAAUCUGGAGUCAUCGAACAUCAGCCCCAAUAGCAGUUUUGUGAGCUUGAAACAGCUCAAGCAGGAGUCAUUGGCCUAUGAUGAGCUGUUGCAGCCAACAAAAGUUACACGCAUUGAUUGCAAAACGCUGACGCCUCUGAAAGCAAGACAAUGCAUCGCAGAGUUAAAGCCGGAGGUUACUCCAGUUAAAGCCAAGUCGAAGGUUACUCCAGUUAAGGUCACGUCAGAGACCGCUUUAAUGGAAUCCGACCAAGAUCAUGCAUCAGCCUUACCACAAACAACCACGGAAUACAGCGAUGAUGAAAUUGAAAUGCCCACGCGCAUUGAGUUUGAUGGCAACAGUGAUUCAGAAGACGCACCGCCAAACAUUGCCAGCGGCGAGCUGCGAACCACUCUCGAGGAGAUCGCGGCCAGCUUGCAGGCGCAAGAGCAGCAACGUGAGCAGCGCAAGAGUUGCAACAAACUGCAGCGUUUGCGUUUCAAGAGCGAAAUCAAUCCGAAUCAAAAUCAAAAUGCCGAAGCGGAACUGCAAAAGGAAAUUACGAAGGCAGAUUUCGAGCGCAUGCAAAUUAUUGGACAAUUCAAUUUGGGUUUCAUCAUAGUCAAGCUAGAUGAUGAUCUCUUCAUUGUUGAUCAGCAUGCAGCCGAUGAGAAAUACAAUUUUGAGACACUGCAGCGCACCACGCAGUUGGAGCAUCAGCGUCUGACGGUGCCACAAACGCUGGAACUGACGGCUGUCAAUGAGAUGAUACUACAGGAUUAUUUGCCGGUCUUCGAAAAGAAUGGCUUUAAAUUCGAGAUCAAUGCGGAUGCACCCGCUACGCAAAAGGUGCGUCUUCUGGGCAAACCAUAUAGCAAGAAUUGGGAAUUUGGCAAGGAGGACAUUGAUGAGCUCAUCUUCAUGCUCCAGGAUGCGCCCGAGGGCACAAUUUGUCGUCCUUCGCGCAUUCGCGCGAUGUUCGCCUCACGUGCCUGCCGAAAGUCCGUCAUGAUUGGCAAGGCACUACACAGAAGCACUACAAUGCGCCGACUAAUCACCCAAAUGGGCGAAAUUGAGCAGCCCUGGAACUGCCCGCACGGUCGUCCCACGAUGCGUCAUCUAAUCAAUGUCACGAUGCUGAUGGAUGAGGAGGAAGACAAUGCCAAUGACACACCCGCUUCACCACCCCCGCCACUGAAACAGAAGCCACAAUAAAAAUAAGCCAGGCACUUGUGUCAAAAUUAUAUUUAUUUA